AUGACUGUUUCUAUGGGUUCCUGUAUGUUCCUGUGGAGUUCAACAGGGCAGCAGAAGCAUCAGCAGCUGCAGGAGAUGAGCAUGGCCCUGGAAGAGGACAUCAGAGAGAUAGCCGCCCUGGGCCGCCCCUUCCAGCUGGGGAUGUUGUACGACUGUCGCAAGGAUGCACUCAUCCCAGGUGCCACCCUUUGGGACUACAGCUCUCUUCAGAAGGACCUGACCAUCAAGCCUCAGCCCAAGACUGAAUCUGAAAUCAUUGCAUCUGACAGCAUUGAUGAUAAGGCCUCCGCCCUGAAAAUCUCAGCCUCCCUCAAGGCCAGUUUCCUUGGGGGGCUGGUUGAAGUGGGAGGGUCAGCCCAGUAUCUUCAUGACACCAAGAAGUCCAAGAAACAGGCCAGAGUCACCCUUCAUUACAAAGCCACCACCAAGUAUGAACAGCUGACUAUGAGCCACCUGGGAAUCCAGAAUGUCUCUUACCCAGCAGUCUUUGAGCAGGGAACAGCCACCCACGUGGUCACCGCCAUCCUCUAUGGAGCCCAGGCUUUCUUUGUUUUUGACCGAGAAGUUUCUUCAACGGAGACGGUGAAAGAUAUUCAAGGAAGUCUACAGCUUACAAUCACAAAGGAAAUAUCUAUCGGAGGAGAAGCAGAGGGCAAAAUGAAUGAGGAGGAGAAAGCGAAUGCUCUGAGGUUUAGUUGCAAGUUCCACGGAGACUUUUCUUUGGAGAAAAAUCCAGUGACUUUCCAAGAUGCCAUUAAGGUUUAUGAAACUCUACCAAAAAUGUUAGGGGAACAUGGGGAGAAGGCUGUGCCUAUGAGGGUCUGGCUCUAUCCACUGAGCAAGCUGGACUCCAGAGCAGCUAAGAUGGUCCGUGAGAUCAGCCUAAUGUUGAUCUUUGAUGCUGAAAAGAUCUUGGAGGAACUCAAUGAAAUCCAGAUGGAAAGCAAUGAUCUAGCCAUUGAUCCCAUUGCUGAGAAAUUCCCUGAGAUCAAGAGGAAGAUCCAGCAGUUCAAGGAUCUGUUAAAGCAACACAGGCAGAUUUUCCAGAAACAGCUGGGCAGAAUGUUGCCUUCCAUUCGGGGAGGAGGGCAGGAGGAAGGGACCCUGGUGGACCUCUUGAUGUCUGUCACCCAGUCACCCUUCAACAGCCGAAGGCUCCAUGAAUUUCUGGACUCCAAGAAAAGAGAAAUUAACCAUGUCAACUCUUGCCUGACUAUUCUAAAUAAUAUGGAAGUGAUCUCAUCUGAGAACAAGCUGGAAAAAAUAGUUCUUGACCCCCAGAAUGAAUAUGUGGUCUCCUUUGUAUUCACUUCUUUACAUGAAAAGGAGCCAUUUCUCUUGAAUUUACAGGACUGGCUUCAGGAGCAAUUCUCACAAGAAUCGACUAAGUCCACAAAGUCCACUCCUGAGGUCAAGAAAGGCCUGGCCUGGUUUGAGGACAAGGAGGGGACCCACAAUGAUCUCCAAGCUGCCAAAUCCAUCAGGGACUUUUUCAAUAUCAAUCAACCAAAUGAGAAGGUUCGCUUUAUUGUGUCCUCUCUCCCAGAUGCGGACACCCCAGGAGCCUCCACUUACCUUUAUGAAGAUGGAGAGCUGGUCAGCAAGAACUUUGAGUUGCCCUCAAAACCUCUCCCUUUGCUGAUCAGUGAACUGAGACACGACAGCAUUCGGCUGAAGUUUCAGCCAGCUGAAUAUGGAAAGGCUGCAAUCUCCAGCUAUCUGGUAGAGUACAAGGUUGCAGGGGAAGAAAACUGGAAGACCAUGAGGACAGAGGAUGCCAGGGAGAUGUUCCUGCUGAAAGAUCUGUCUCCAAACACAGAGUACCAGUUCAAGUACGCUGCUUGUUGCAAGAUAGGCCUUAGUAAAUCCAGUGACCUGAGCUCACCCAUAAAGACUAAGGUGACCAGAUUUUCAGAUUAG